AUGUCUUUCAUAAUCGAAGGGGCAAUCAAAGGCAUUGCAGCUGGUAUCGGUCUCGCAUCCGAGAGUGUGCACGCGCAUAAAGCGAAGAAAGCUGAUAAAUCUCAAUCUCAAUCUCAAUCUCCACGAGCAUCCAGUAACGAGGAUUUUCAACUUCGAUCAGCUAGUUGCAAUGCCUUGCGAAUCUCGAAUGAAAAUUCUACGGCUGUAUCAUCUGAUAUCUUGCAUGAAGAGAACGAUGAACACAUCUGGGAUUUGGAUGCUGCACAAGAUGAGCUUGCACCCGUCGAGACGCAACAAAUUUCCCCCUCAGAUCCCACGGUGCAAGAAUCCGACGCAGAGACUCAAACCCCCCAAGGAAAAGAAAAACACACCGUCUUCAUGAAAGUAUUCGUCUCCCGUUUCAUCGCCAGACACCCCGCCCCUCAAUAUCCACCCUCCCAUCCCAUCACCAACCGACUCCCCCUACCCGUCAUCCUCUCCCAACGCCGACCCAAAAGUCGAUCUCGGGGUUUCAUCCGCGCCUACGCUCCUCUCCUCCAAAACUGCGAUAUCCCCGAGAACAUGUGGCUAGACUUCCUGCGUACAUUUAACAAAGCAACGCAAGCCUCACCCUGGAUCCAAUGCAUCAAUUUCGCCGGGUUAGCCGCGCAUGGAGUAGCUCCCGGCGUUGCGAUCGCUGUUCAAAUAGCCAUUGCAGUUGCUAUCAAAGCUGCAAACGAGAUACAUUCUCGCCAACGAACAAACUCAUUCCUUGACGCGAUGAACAACCAAUUCUUCCGUCCUCGUGGCCUUUAUGCCUUGGUAUUGACGUGGAAUCCGGAUGAUGGCAAUCACACAAGUAUGGUGGAUAUGACAUCCACAAUUUCCAAAUCAAUUGAUCCACAAACUGGAGAGUCAAAAACGAGGAAUAAAUUUCAUACGUCAUCCGGAAAUACAUACGGUGAUUUCGAGUUUCCUGAAGCAGCACCUCUGGUUUUCCCGGCUCUCGAUGCGGCAUUAACAAAUGUGGGAUCAGAAGGAGAAGAAAGACUCAAGGAGAAGUUGAAAAGAAAAGGAGAUUUUGUAUCCGAUUACAUGGAUCGAAGAGCACGAGCACAAUACGCGGCGCAGAAUCCCAAUAGCUUUUUAUCGACCGGGCCAAAGGAGAAGUUUACGAGUCGGUAUGCGGAUCCGAAUCAUCCAGCUAGUAGUGGAAAUCCAUGGAGUUUGGUUACAGGUGGGAAGUUCAAUCCACCGAUGGGGAAAGACUUGAUGGCUGCGAGGAUGGGAGGACAGGGGUUUGGUGGACGCGGUGGUGGACUGGGUGGACUUGGUGCUGUAUUUGGUGGCGAGCGUUCCUACUCAGGCGGGAGACAAGCACAAUCAGGUGGCAGGAUAGGUCUUCAGCGUGAGGGUAGUGGAGAACAGCAACAGCAGGGAAGUAACCCAAGAGGAGGGAAUAGAUUAGGAGGAGGGCUUGGAGGGUUCGGUGGGUUUGGUGGCCCUGAUAUCGUUACGAAAGGAGUUAAGAAGAUUCUGGGUAACAAUAUUCUAUAUCUCGUGGUAGUGAACAUGCCAAGCGAUGAAGAAAUCGCAACGGCUAGCGCGCAGAUUAGAAGUUGGGGUGUUUGA